GCCUAGCACACUCGCGGAUAAGUGGAUCUGCCCAGCACACUCGCAGAUAAACUCUUGCUCCUGGUUGGGCGGCAUGUUCUGGCGGCGGCUUUUUGGAGGAGUUGCCCGCGGAUGUGGCACGCUCGCGGAAACUCGAGCUCGGGUUCGAGCUCGGCCUCGUGCUCCUGCUCCUCCUCUCAAGCUCGUCUAUGAUAACACCACCACCUCCUUGUUCCUCUUCUGCGAUAUCUGCUACAACCGGCAGUUGACUGCAUGCGGCUGCCCCGACACGACGUUGCUUGAUCACCUGAGCUACGCUCAUGGAAACAUCUGCCCCAAGCAGCGUCGUACACAUGCAAAUGCCCUUUACUGGGGAGCGCCUUGGAGCAUUCCAGCCUACUUGUACGACAACGAAAUGGAGCCUUCAAUGACGCCGCUGGAGCCAUGCCAGAUCAGGAGCAUCGAAGCCGUGGGCUGCAUUUCCACGUUUGAGCUCGGCCUGCGGUGUCGGGUCCUCCGGCGGAAUUCGUGAUCGAUGGAACUUU